UUAAGGGCGCAACGUCUACCAGCGACCUUGAUACACCUAUGGCUGACGUGACUACAAACCACACCCAGCGUCCAACAGAAGGAUCGACUACUGAACGACGGUCAUGCAAUAAUAGAUGAGCAAACAGAAUAACUCGAAAGGCGAUUGAGUGGACUGGUGCCGCAAAUUUGUUAUUUCUACUUAAAAACUAAAUUUGUUAUUCUAUCUAUACUUAAAUUCUCCUAUCUUGUUGCUUAAAUACUUAUAUGGAAUUGAUAGAUAGCUAGAUUAGAGAAACCGAAGUAUCUAUUGAAAGUGCUAACCAAAGCUACGAGGUUUUCUCUAUCUUAGCCCUUGAAAACAACGGCUAUAUUGUUGAGCGAUAGUGAAGAAGUUACUAUCGAAUUUUGUAAUUCGUCAAAUACAGUCUUCACAAAAUUGAGACUUCGUCUUCUAUCGCCAACAAAUUUACAAAAUUCGAUACGGGACACUAUGGCGAGUCAGAGCAGUUCUCAAAAGCGACGACAUGCGAAUGUUCCAUAUAGCCCGGCCAACGAUGGGGAUGCGCAUGCGGCCAGCGGAAACCAUCCGGAUAUUGCUCAUCCGGAGACGGCAAGACUGUUGGAGAACGUCGUCCAGACUGAUUCAAGGAUUCAGCCGGAGCAGACAGUACCAUGCAAGGUAGUCCAGUACGAGUCUCAGCCGACGGUCAACGCAGCCCUCCCUUCUAGCCCUCAGGUAAUCGUUACCAGAACGGUGAGUACCGGCAAAGGAGCCAUCCCUAAGAUCCCCAAGACUAAAACGGCCACAAAGAAUAAAAGCAAACGAAAGUCAGUCUAUGUCACCAUUCGUAACGAUCCGUUUGUUAGGCGAAACCCCCCGCGCCGCGUUCGCGAAAACCGAGUCAGUAGUUGUGCACUGUGUAGUGAGCCCGAUAAUACAGCUAUGGUGCAGUGCGGCGAAUGUGGUUCGCGGUUUCAUCUUUCGUGUGUUGAAGUGAGUCAGUCAGCGGAGGAAAUAAGCUGGUCGUGCCCUGACUGUGCAAGUGCGUCCAAGAAAAAGACCCCCAGGCAAAUUUCGGCACCCGCGAUGCAAGGAGCCAGCGAGCAUCGUCAACAAUUUACUUCACCCCCCAGCAUAGUAGCUUCAUCCCAGUCGGCUGGCCAAUCAAGUAGGCGUAGCGAGCAUAGGAAAAUCGAACUACAGCUGCAGAAACUGGAGGAGGAGCGGGAAUGGCAUCAACAGUACCUGAAGCAGAAGUACAGCCUGCUGCAAGAACUGGAGAGUGAUACGUCAUCUAAGAUCAGCCACCAAGAUUCGAUGGAAGAGAAUGCGGCGAAAAUCGAGCAGUGGAUUCAAAACACGGAGAAUUGUGGAGACGAUUCUGGUCUUGUCGACGUAGAUCCGGAAGACGAACAUGUAUUGGCUAACGUACAGGAAGUUCAACGGCGGCGUAAGCGAGACCAAGAACUUCAAGGCGAACAGAACUGCGACAGACUCCAAAUCACACACCUGAUGAACAAGCUGCAAGUUGCAGAACGUCGUGCUCCGUCCAUAGUGAACAUGCCGGUGCAAAACAACUGCACGAAUCAUCGCGAUAGCAGAUAUCAACCCCCGCGUUCACAAAUCGGACUAGGGGACGCUGAUCGUAGACCAACAAAUAGCCUAAGAACUUUAGAGCCACAGCAAACUACAUCGGAAACGUUUCAGCAGAGUACCGGCAGAACCUUUGGUCCUCAAGUUCUACCAUCAGACCCAGUUCUAAACCAACGGCGAUCACAGUACAUUCCAACUUGUGAGCCGCGUCCACGAUCUGACAACCGUAGGGAAACCAGAUUCCUUACUACUGCUGUGGAUUUCGUUCCCGGACAGAGAUCCACUCCAGUCACCCAACCGCGAAGAAGAAUCCCCUCUGCAGAGCGCGAGAUUGAAGACGACGGUGCUGCCUACACAUUGAACCGAAGUCAAUUAGCUGCUAGGCAGGCAGUAUCCAGAGAUUUGCCAGACUUCAAUGGCAAUCCAGAAGAUUGGCCGCUCUUCUUUUCGAUGUUCGUUUCGUCCACUCAGCUUUGUGGAUUCUCAAACGAGGAAAACAUGCUGAGGCUUCGGAAGUGCCUCGAAGGAAAGGCACUGGAUGCCGUUAAGUGCCGUAUGCUUCAUCCGUCAAACGUUCAGGGAGUGAUUUCCACCCUCAGGAUGCUGUAUGGACGGCCUGAAAUCAUCAUUCAGGCAAUUGUUAGGAAGAUUCGCUCGUUACCAUCUCCCAGCAUCGAAAAACUGGACACCGUGAUCCAGUUUGCCCUCAGCGUAGAGAAUCUAGUUGCGACGGUGGAAGCCUGUGAGAUAGGUGACUUUAUGUAUAACAUCUCGCUAAGGUACGAGUUGGUGGAAAGGUUGCCACCAACGUUAAAACUGGAUUGGGCACGGUUUUCUCGGAAUGAACCCAAUCCAAACCUCCUAGACUUCAGCUCGUGGCUUCGUUUUGUAGCCGAGGAUGCCAGCGCUGUUUCUAUUUCCAUAGAUGGCGACCACCGAGCCAGAACGGCGAAAAAAGAUGGGUUUCUGAAUCUUCACUCCGAGGAUAGCCAACAGUCGUUGAAGAAACCAUCAAUCGCUUCGGUGAGCAGUAAACUUCCGAAUUCGAAAGAGUACGUCAAAGAGUGCGUUGGGUGCAAAGGAAGCUGUCUGACGUUGGCGCAAUGUAAACGCUUCAAGGAGCUUAGUUACGAUUCGAAAUGGGCAGUUGUGCGAGAAUUUAGCAUCUGUCGAAAGUGCCUGCGGAAGCACAACGGCCCGUGCAAGCAGAAAAAGGAAUGCGGCACCAAUGGUUGCUCCUAUCUACAUCAUCCUCUCCUACACGAUGCAGAACGACACACGGCUGCGGCAUCUCAGGUUCCGGUCCGGUCCACCGAAACCCAACAGAAUCAAACCACAAAUACCAGCUGUAAUGUACACCAAGGACAGUCCGAGAUCUUGUUCAGAAUCGUACCAGUGCUUCUGUACGGUCCAUCGAAGGUGGUACGAACCUACGCCUUCUUAGAUGACGGCUCGGAACUAACGCUGAUGGAGCAGAGCUUGGCGAACGAACUAGGAGUGCAGGGACCGCAAAAUUCUCUAUGUCUACGAUGGACCGGUGGCACUAACAGGACCGAAGCUCUGUCACAGAAAGUAAACUUCCAGAUUUCCAGCGUUACGAGUCCCUUCAAGAAGUUCAGGCUCGGCGAAGUGCACACAGUUGAGAAUUUACAGCUCCGACCACAAACGAUGCUAGUGGACGAGAUGCAGGGGAAGUACCAGUAUCUGAAGGGAUUACCUGUGGAAUCCUACCAAGAGGUCAGCCCAAGACUUCUCAUUGGGCUGGAUCAUGCGAGUCUAGGUAACGUGAUGAAAUGUCGCGAAGGCAAGCCGAACGAACCCAUAGCGGUGAAGACUCGCCUGGGUUGGAUGAUUUUCGGAUGCUGUUCCCGCACCACAACCAGUGUCAACCACAUCAAUCACCAUCGUGUCCAACUUUGUCAAUGCGAAAGCAACUCGAACGAGGAGCUACAUGAGGCUAUGAAGCAGUAUUUUUCGCUGGAAACCCAUAGCAAGCCCAGUAAACUUCUGUUAUCCAACGAAGAUCAUAGGGCGAAUGAACUGUUGGAAACUCUGACCAGAAACACAAACGGACGCUACGAAUGCGGUCUUCUAUGGCGAUACGACAACGUUCGGCUUCCGGACAGCAAGCCUAUGGCACUACGUCGAUGGGAAUGUCUAGAUCGUCGGAUGCAGAGGGACGAUGACCUUGCGCAAGUUCUCAAUGCGAAGAUAAAUGACUACUUGGCGAAAGGCUACAUCAGGAAGCUAACCGCGGAGGAAUUGGAGUCACCUUGCAACCGAGUCUGGUACUUACCAAUCUUUCCGGUAGUAAACCCUAACAAACCAGGCAAAAUCAGACUUGUCUGGGAUGCAGCCGCGAAGAUCCAUGGAGUCUGCCUUAAUUCGGUGCUUCUUAAGGGCCCUGAUCUACUGGUUUCUCUCCUGUCAGUCUUAGUACGGUUCCGUGAGUUUCGUGUGGCGGUUUCUGGUGACAUCAGAGAAAUGUACCAUCAGGUGCUGAUGAGACCGGCGGACCAGCAUUGUUUACGCUUUCUUUGGAAGGAUAACGAAGAUGCCACAGCCCCCAGCACAUACGUCAUGCAAGUGAUGUCCUUCGGUGCGUGCUGCUCUCCAAGCACAGCACAAUACGUUAAGAACACACAUGCCAAGAAAUUCGAGCAAGAGUUUCCUGAAGCUGUUCACGCCAUCGUUCAUGACCACUACGUCGAUGACAUGCUGAUCAGUGUCGAAACGGAGGAGAAGGCGAUCCAGCUAGCAACGGAAGUAAAAGGGAUCCACGAACGUGGAGGUUUUGAAAUGAGAAACUGGGUAUCCAACGCACCAGCGGUAGUUGCCGCACUGGACGGAGAGAAAACCGACGGGAAAAACCUGAGCAUCGGAGAAACAGACACCACUGAGAAGGUGCUCGGAAUGUGGUGGGAUACCACAGCAGACUGUUUCACAUACAAGCUAUCUUCCCGCCACGACGCUGAUCUGUUGUCUGGCCGCAAACGACCAACGAAGCGUGAAGUUUUAAGGACCCUUAUGAUGGUGUUCGACCCUCUCGGGCUGAUCAGCCACUUCCUGAUGUUUCUUCGAAGCCUUUUACAGGAGAUCUGGAGAGCAUCCGUCGACUGGGACGAGCAAAUCCACGAUUGUCACUUUGAGAAGUGGCUCGUAUGGCUGCGGUUUCUUCCUCGUGUAGCGGACAUCAAGAUUCCUCGUUGCUACCGGACCGUCACGUCUGCUGAAGAAGGAACCAUUGUCCAAAUGCAUACUUUUGUGGACGCCAGCGAGAACGGCUUCGCGGCAGUCGUCUACCUCCGUUUCCAGGAGGGAAAUACAGUUGAGUGCGCUCUAGCAGGAGCCAAAACCCGGGUGGCGCCGUUGAAGUUCCUCUCUAUACCCCGAUCCGAACUGCAAGCAGCAGUUAUUGGGACCAGGUUAGCAGAUUCUAUCCAGGAGUCCCUCUCGAUUAAGGUUCAAAGGCGAUUCUUUUGGACUGAUUCCCGGGACGUCAUGUGCUGGCUACACUCGGAUCAUCGACGUUAUAGUCAGUACGUAGGUGUCCGAAUCAGCGAGGUCCUAGAAACCACGGCCCUACGAGAUUGGCGGUGGGUUCCUACUAAAUUGAACGUAGCUGACGAUGGUACCAAAUGGAAAGGUUCUCCUGACUUCAGCGCCUCUAGCCGGUGGUUUCAUGGACCUGAAUUUCUUCGGGAACCGGAAGAGAAAUGGCCUAUCUCUCCUCAGCCUGUCAAAACCACUGUCACGGAGCUGCGUCCACAUCUGCACCUCCACUUCAAGACCCUCGAGUCAAUAAUUGAUACAAGCAGAUUCAGUCGAUGGCUUUGUCUACUGAAGACUACGGCGUAUGUAUUCAGAGCCAUUAGAAACAUGCAGCGAACUAUACGACAAUCACCCAAAGCUUAUGGACCGCUUUCUCGUGAUGAGCUCAUCAUGGCCGAAUCCUACCUGUACCAAAUAGCCCAGAGAUAUACGUAUGAAGAUGAGAUAGCAAUUCUAUCUACAAAACAAGAACCCUCCUCAAAGGAAAUCUCAAGAAGCAGUUCGUUGUACCGCCUCUGCCCAUUCAUGGAUGAAAAGGGAGUUCUGAGGAUCCGCGGGCGUACCAGUGCCUGCCAAUUCAUCGACAACAGCAUCGUCAAUCCAAUCAUUUUACCUCGGGAGCACAGCGUCACAAAGCUCAUCGUAUUGGACGUUCAUCAGAGAUUCCUGCAUCAGAAUCACGAAACCGCCAUCAACGAGCUGAAACAACGCUACUAUAUUUCCCGUCUGAAAGCGGUCUACAAAUCGGUCCGGAACAACUGCCAAGUCUGUAAAAACGAACGAGCUUGUCCAGAGGCGCCACUGAUGAGUGACUUGCCGCAUGCGCGCCUCGCAGCUUAUAGUCGACCUUUCAGCCACAUGGGGGUGGACUACUUCGGCCCAAUGAUGGUAACCGUUGGCCGCCGAGUGGAGAAACGCUGGGGGGUCUUGGCUACUUGUCUGACUGUUCGUGCCAUCCAUUUGGAGAUCGCACACUCACUCACUACUGACUCGUGUAUCAUGGCCUUGCGCAACAUAAUUGGCAGAAGGGGGGUACCAGUUGCCAUUUACAGCGACCGUGGUACUAACUUUGUGGGGGCUAGCAAAGAGCUAACGACCGCACUUGAAGAAUUGGAGCACGACAAAAUCGUGGCAGAAUUCACUUCGCCGCAUACGACGUGGAUUUUCAUCCCACCCUUGUCCCCGCAUAUGGGCGGAGCCUAG